AUGGAGUCGUUCUCAGCGUCCAGGUGCUCCUCCAUUCCGUCCCCGCUGCCGCACAGUGCCAGUGGCAUGGACAGCCCGGAUAUCUGCGAGCCGCCGCAGGAGGAGGAGGAGUUCUGCUUCCGCUAUCCCAGCUACAUGUUCCCGGACGUGGAGUACGACAAGGAGGACGUGCCGCUGCCCUUCAAGGCCUCGCCGGACUCGCUCUUCAAUCUCUGCGCCGCCAUCGUGGAUACCCAGGCCCGCACCGAGGUCUUCAAGUGGAGCAUCAACGACGUGACCGACUGGCUGCGCAACUUCGGCUAUCCCGAGUACGAGCAAACCUUUCGGGAGAACUACAUUGAUGGGCACAAGCUGCUGAAUCUGGACGCCGUCGCCCUGGUGGCACUCAACGUGCGUAACUUCGAGCACAUCCGCCACCUGGGACGCGGAAUACGAGCGCUCUACAGGAAGGAGCUGCAGACGGCGACGGAGACCAAGCAGCAGAGCGAGGUCUACAAGACAUUCCGGGCACGCACUGGUCGUAGGUACGAGGGAUUGCGGGAGACGGAGCUACUGGGCCGCAUGCACAUGAUUCGCUCCGUGUUCCGCGACGUCAACAACUGGGAUCUGAUGGAGCUGCACAUGUCCAGGACGCCGGUGAGGCGGUAUCGCGAGAUCGUCGCUGGCUCCAGGCGCUACAACCUCUACGGCCCAUCGACUGCGCGUCGGGAACCCAUCAUUACGGACGAUGUGGAUGCCACACCAUGGUACAACUUCGAGGAUUGCUACUGA